AUGAGAAAUUAUGAAAUUACCUCCGAUUCUCAUUGCUAUCUUAUCAUAAAUGCCGGCUUUUUUUUGGAUAAUGCAGACAACUUAGAAGGUUAUGUAUUAUGGACAACUGAGCCAAAUACGCAAAAGCAGUAUAAUUCGUUAAUUGCCAGCAACAUAAAUUACGGCGAUUUUAGUCUGGAAAAAUAUGCUUGUAAAAGGAAAACGCCGUAUUAUGCAGCUAAUGCUGAGUUUGUUGAUUUUCUUAGCAAUUUAAAAAAGUUAAGAGAGUUAGCCGGAGAUCAUGAUCAAGUGACAGCUUACAUGAGGGCGAUCGCAUCCAUUAAGGCAUUUCCUGAGCGUCUCCAAAAUUUAGGUACAUUAAAACGAUUGCCAUACUGUGGGGAAAAAAUAGUAUUUCUUUUCACUCUCUACAGCAGAGGAGACUAUAUGAGUGAGCUCGCAGAAUUAAGGGACAAAAAACAAGACAACUGA